AUGGCAAUUACUAACAAGCACAAUGACCUAAGGAGGAUGGUAAAUCCCAGUGCUUCCAACAUGCUGAAAAUGACAUGGAAUGCCGAAGUUGCAAAGAAUGCUAGAAACUGGGCAAACAAGUGCACCCUGCCUCACAGUCCUCCAAAUCAACAACGAACUAUUGCUCAUUGUGGGGAGAAUUUAUUUAUGUCCAGUCAUCCUAAAUCAUGGUCUGAUGUAAUCCAGAGUUUAUACGAUGAAGUCAAAUAUUUUAAAUACGGAUUUGGAAGUACCAGACCAAAUACUACAACUGGCCAUUACACUCAGCUUGUUUGGGCCACUUCCCACCAGGUUGGCUGUGCAUUAGCCUAUUGUCCCCAGCACCCCUUACGGUAUUACUAUGUUUGCCAGUAUUGUCCCGCUGGGAAUGAUGUAACAACCAUCAAGACCCCAUAUAAAAAAGGAAAACCAUGUGGAGACUGCCCUAAUCACUGUGACAAGGGGCUUUGCACCAAUCCCUGA